CUUCUCCAAGUACAUGUACAGUACACACAACAAUAGACAACAGUACUCGUCAAGCAUUAGGCGCUGUCGUCUGCAGUGGGUCACGAGCUGCCAGGCGGCCGAACAAAACAAAGCGGCCCCCAGACAAGGCCGCACCUCACCUUGCGUCUCCCAACAGAAUUAUCGUCGGUGAAGCACAGGAAAAAAAUUCGAAGACCAAGAAGCAGAAGAGCACGCUUGGCUACGGAAAUACGACGCACAAUAGAUCGACAAGACUAAGAACCGGGCGAAUCGAAUCCAUACACACCAACGUUAGCUUCUGCUAUUGCUGUGGCAUCACGUCCGCCAGCAUGUGGUAGCUCAAAGACAAAUCCAAAUCGCCGCCAUUCUACAAUUCCCGACUUGUUUCUUUGUUCACUCCCAUUCCCGGGUCCUGUAUCGCGCCUUAAUUUACCGAAUACGUAUUCUUGCACAAGACAUUUCUCGUCGCUGUCGUGAGUUGGCCCUCUUUCUUAGCCUUUGUCUGCGCGCCACCAGCAUUCUUCAGCAACACCGCCAGCAUUCCAAACCACCACCAUCGGCUAACAUGCGCCGUCUUGGCUUUAGAUGACGUACCAUUCAACCUUUAACAUGCCGGGGGCUUUUUACCCCGACUCCAGCAACAGUAACACCGCCGGGGCCGCUAUAGCGCAGUCGCCGUUAUUCCACCCGUCUGUCUCACCACACGCCGACUCCCACAGCCCCAAGCGCAAGCGAGUUCGCGGCGGCGUCCACGAUGAUGCCGGAGACACAGUGAUCCGGCCAAGUCUGUUUGGCGGACAUACGCUGGCCAAGCCCCGUACGCCGAGACGGUCUUACAACAUUGCGGGCAAUCUUGAUACCACCUCUGCCGCCAACAGCGGGCUGUUGGACGACAGUAUAUACUCCGAGUCAAAUUACCGAACCGCGCUAGGAGAGAAGCGGCCCCGAGACGAUAGCGAGAGUCAACCGCGGUCCACGGGCAACGAGCCAACACAGCUCUUCCAGCUGCCCCAGGAGCCAGACUCCCCGUCGCGCGGAUGGGGAGUCACAGCGGUCACGGCCCUCGGCGGCGUAGUGGGCAAGGUAUGGGAGUUUUGCAAGGCUGGCGCAUUUAAAGGAUUCUAUGCGGGAGGCGGCGCAGGAUUUGCCAUGAAUGAGGACGGCUCCGUGGCUCAGAAUGCUAUCGGCCCUACUCCCAUGGCAGACGGCUUCGGCUUCAGCUUCCACCCGCACAACUAUGACGACUAUGAGCAGCGCAUACCAGGCCACUUUCCGGCCUCGCAACAUGAGCCCAUUGUCCAUGCUAGCCCUGCCUUUUGUACGGUGCCGCCCAUGGAGGACAGCCGGUCGUCGACCCCCGUGGCAACCAAGCGCCGCCAGACAGAGCAGCUGGACGAGCUGGGCAGGAACUGGGUGGUUGUGGAUCGCUCGGCAGUGGAUAGCUCGGCAUCGGAGGCGAGACUGACAGGCCCGUCUCGCAGGUCUAGCUCGUAUCGGUCAACACCGCGAAACCGUAAUCAGUCUGCGUCUGUGACCACAGGACGCCGUAUACACAGUCCUGCAUCCACGCCGUCGGGCCGCUCCCCCAUCUCGUCAAACUUUAACUACCGAUAUGCUGCGUUUCCGGAGCCUGAUGAGGAGGUAUCAGCAGGAGGAGCUCGACCAGCUUCCUCUGCAUCGUUUGCGUCGCCGCGGUCCCCGUCGCCGAAAAAGGGCCUAAGCAGCGCGGCAUACCUGACGCCGUCGUCGUCGGCGGUACACAUGGCCAGCACCGCGAGUAAUGCGUCGCCCUCGCAGCGCCCUCGAGGCAGCGGGCACAAGCGACGAGGCUCUGCGAACAACACGCCGUCGUCUCACCGUCGCAACCACAGCACGGCGUCGACCGCGUCCAGUCGAGGAGGAGGCGAGGACCUGGAUACGCACGCUAGCCCGCGCCUAGACGCCGAGGCAAGACACUUGGCGUCGCGGCGGCAGCUGGAGGACCGCGACGCGGACAUGCGCAUGUCAGCUUUCAAUAAGCGGCUCCAAGACAUGAUUCGCCAGGGCAAGGAAGCUCUGGGAACAACCAUUGAGAUUGAUGAAAGCGGAGAUGCGGGCAUGGACGCCGAUGGCGGUGUCUGGGAGGAUGAGGAUUAGACAGUCAUCUCUCACCCAGUCAGCCGCUAUCCUUCCAGACCUUGGACUGCACCAGGGGUGGUGAAUCCUUUUUCCUAGGAAAAAGGUACCAAGAGAGAGAGCGUGAGGUUUUGCUAGCGAUUUUGCACUUUUUUUCAUUGGGAGCUCCUUGGCGUUUUUCACGGCAUAUAACGAAACAACCUAUAUCCAGCAGAUGCGAAUACCAGAUAGCGUGUCCGCGCCGCAAUGACCUUGGCGCUGGAACAGAAUGAUGUACACUCUUUUUUUAUGUUAUUUUUUUUUUCGUCCCUCUCUUUGUCUAUUAGUAUAAUAGCCAGCGUCGGUAUAUCUUAGCCGAGAGGGGUGACAUUGCAAACACGUGCUUGACUUCCAUCAGCGAGAGACAUAUAUAUUCAAAGUACAUGAUGCUCUAGCACGUUUUCGAUUCUUCUCUAGUGAUUGUGUUGACAUCGUAAGCUGGACUGCGUAGAAUGACAAAGUGCAGAUCCUGAGAUAGCUCUCGGUUUUCUUCGACGGGUAAUGUGAAUUUCCCGGGAGUCAACGAUUGCGGGGGUCGGCGAUUUUCUCGAAUCCAUUCACCAUCAGGCUGGGCCGUUCUCGAUGAACGCCAUGUCUACGAUGCCUGCGCGUGAUAAUUACAAUCUGGCGGUUGAGAUGUGUACAUCGUAUGGUCGCGUUGGGUCGGUUGCACGCAGCGGGCAAGACAACACGCUAUUAAUAGCAGCUCAUUGCUGGAACGGGGGUAUUUGUCUUGCAAAUUUCUUUUGUUUGCCUGGCCGUGGCUGGGUCGGGGUGUGUGAUGUCUUUGCUGGUGAGACAUGUGCUGUGGUCUGGGCCCAGGCACAAAGCAGGCAUUCAGCUGGCGAUGAUGCGUUUGCUUCCUUCCUUUUAGCUAGGGACACUCACUCACUUCCUUUCGGAGCCAUCCAUCCUGCGCACGGUCCGCAAGCAGAUCGUGCGUGCGUCUGCGCAUCGUGCCUCGGCCGCGUGUAAGUCAACUCAGUGUGCAUGUAAGUAAGUAGGUGUGCUGGACGUUAAAUCCAUGACGCGCUUGAAAGACAUUUGGUUUUUGGACGGUUAGACGCAUGUUUAAUCCUUCGGACGGAAAAGACGGUUCCUUUUUUUUCUUGCGUGCAGCCAGCGAGCGUUCUUUUUUUUUUUGCUUUUUCUAACAUCAUGCAAGAUACCCACGUUGUUCAUUAAACUUGCAGCCCGCUAACCAAAAAGCAAUGAGAAAUCCCAUGAUAUCCCUCCCGCUUUCUUCCUAAUUGACUUUUUUUCUUUGAGCCGUUUUCCACCGUCUCGUCUAAUCAACAAGUGGCGAUGCUGUCAAGCAAAAAGUCUAAACUGGCGGACAGCACCCGGGCCCCCGCGGACCAAGAUGAUUUGAGUUUGCCCCGAAACCCAGUGUGCCGGGUUUAGCCAAUCCGCCCAGCUGGGAGAUGUUGUCUCCCGAUCUAGGUCGGGGCUUUGUAGGGCAGCGCAAGCAGACGCUGUGAUUGCUCAGAUCGCGAGCGUGGGCAAAAGUCUAAAGCCCACCACGGCUUGAUUACUAUUGUUGCGUUUUUUUUGUUGUAUUCUAUGUGAGAGAAUCGUGCCAAAAAGCAACGCAAGCAGCUGUU